AGUACAAUGUACGAUGUUUUAAUUCAAAGAGUAAAAAAAGAAAAAAAUAUCAUCUUGCUGUGAAAUGUUUUAGAAAAUACGUUAUCUGUCAGGAAUGAUGACGUGAAAAUCUCAUACUCGUGACUUCUUCGGAUUACGAUCGUUGCACGAAUACUUCACGAGUCAUUGCCGAAAAUAGAAGUCAAGUCUGGCGCCAUUUUGAAAAUUUCGAAGACAACACAAAUGAUAGCAAAUGUCAAACAGCUGAAAAUAUGGAAGGAAAUUGGUCUUUCAGGACACAAACAUGCACUUCACUUGAAAUGUAGUGCUUCGUGCUUGUGAAAAUGAUUUGUUUGGAUUUUUAAGAGGAAAUUAUCGUUAAACAACGAACUUUCCUCAAACUUGUCAAAACAAAUCUGAAAUGGUAGUACAAAGUGUGUUGUAAUUUCUUGACGAGGUUCUAAACAAGAAUUAAGAUUUUUACAUGUAAAAGGAAUGGCUGAACAAAACCUGCCUUGGCAAAAUGACGCAACAAGUUACACAAGACCAAAAGAAAUAUGCUGGAUUGAUUCAAAAAUAUCUUCAAUACUCCAAUUGAGCCUUCACUCUGACUUGGUAUCACUAAAUCUUCACUGUAACAGGAUUUCAAAAAUUGAAGGUCUAGAUUCCCUGUAUAAUUUGAAGCAUUUGGAUCUUUCAUCCAAUCAGAUUGCAAAGAUCGAAGGCCUUGGAAAUCUAUUGUCCCUGAGAACUUUAAACUUAUCGUGUAAUCAGAUAAAACUGGUAGAAGGAAUUGAAAAUUUAAAGAAUCUCAGCAAGUUUGAUGCUUCGUAUAAUUUCAUUGAUAACAUAUCUGGUUUAAAGAACUUGCAUGGCUCUAAUUAUCAUAUAUCACAUGUUUAUCUCCAUGGAAACCAAUUGUCUUCGCUAGAGCAUGUCAUCAAUUCACUAGUUGGAUGCRUCAAGCUGCAAGAACUGAGCUUUGAGUUAUAUGGUGACAGGAAUCCAGUAUGUGAAUUGAGAGGGUAUAGAUCGAGUUUAAUGUCAACAUUAAGGUCACUAGUAGUACUUGAUGGUAUGGAUCGUGAGGGGAGGCCUGCCACUGUUAAUGGGCAUGGUCGAGAUAUUCCAGAAUUAGAUGAAUACCUUGAUUUUCUUCUUUCUUCAAGCUCCUCUGAGGUAGUUCCCAAUAAGGAUGUAAGAUUUGACGUGGCUACACCAAGAAUUGACAUGGUUUUGAACAAAUUCAAAAGUCGUCCCAUCUUAWCAGACACUGAUGUCAGUACUGGUACAACACCACCAAGCAAAGACCAAACAGUGUUUAGUAAAACACCAACUAAAGUGAGACUUUCAGUUGACCAUGAAGUCAGACUUGAGAAACUAGAGAACCAGCUGUCAAACCUCUUAUAUGCUGACAUAAAGCCUGAAUCCAAAAGAGGAAGAACUACCAAGAACUCACAAGAAACAAGAACAAGUAAUUCAGAUGAAUCUGACACAGAGAAUUCUCCUCCUCACAAAGAAAAAGCUACAAAAACUGUCAAAAAGACAAGAACUAGAKUCCCUCCAAAAAGAAYRGYGGAUAAAAAACCCAMUAGUACUAAGACCAAGGUUACUAAGGCCAUGGUUACUAGAGAAACAGACUCAACAACAUCUCCGACGUCUACCUCAGGGGGGGAUCCCAGGGGAGGUAUUGGUAUCAAAGUCAGUGGGAAGUCAAUAUAUGGAUCAAAGAAUGUUAGAAAGCCAGAAGAUGAUGCAACUCUAUUGUCACUGAUUCAAGAGCUGGAAGCUGAACGAGAAAGACGUUGGAAAGCAGAGCAAGCUGGCAGGAAACUUGUGGACCACAUCCAAGGAAUGCAAAAUAAAGAUGUGGAGGAAAAGAAACUACAGGAAGCAGYGAUUGCUGCAAGUGCUCGUCUGAAGCAAGCACUACUCAAAGAGAGAGAAUCUAAAGCUGUACUAAAAAAUAUUAGUGAUGAACUGCAGAAUAAGAACAAGGAUUUACUGGACGAAGUGGAAAGAUUAAAAGAAUCCAAYGAAGAACAGAGAAAGGUCAUGAGAAGCAUGGAAGACACAACGAGCAAGAUGGAAGCUGAGAUGAUGAAAAAGCAAGCUUAUGAGGCAUCCAAAUCACAAGAAUAUCAACUCCAGGCCGCUGCUAAAGAACGAGAAGUAGAACUUCUUGAACAYACUUCAUCACAGCUGAAAGGACAACUACAGCAACUCCAGGAACUACUGGCUACAAGGGAACAGGAACACAAGAAUGCCGUGGAGGGGAUGGUUAAAAUAGAUAGUCAGGAAAUGCGUAACGUGGUAGAGCGUGAGGUAGCCAAGCAAGAGGCUCGUUAUGAACAAGUCAUUGUACAAUAUCAACAAAGUCUCCAAAAGAAAGAUUCAGAGUAUGCGGCUUUAGAAGAUGAAUUUCGCAUGGGUCUUCAACUAGAAGCUAAUCGCUUUAAAGAGUUACAAGAUGCUUUUGAGCGUGUAAGUGAGGAGGCAGCCCAGUAUAAACUGACAAUACAGACGUCAACACAGAAAGARAGCAAAGCCAGUAACAUGGUCAAUGAAUUGACGGCAAUGGUAAAGGAACAGCGUGCCAGGCUAAGUGAGCUUUCCAAGGGACGACAUGAAAUAGUGUCCGAGUAUAAAGAAAGAAUUCAACACCUUGAAAGCCAGMUGAAUGACGCAAGACGACAAUUAACACGGCUUGAAAUGCUAGAGCAGGACAAAUCCAAAUUGGGUGCGCAAAUCAGAGCUCAAGAAUCUGUCAUCGAAGGGUUGCGGACUGAGAGAAAACUAUGGAGUCAGGAAUUGGCACAACAAGGUGCUUCUCUCGCACAAGAUCGUGGGCGAUUGGAAUCCCGUAUCGAAGCGUUGACGGCUGAACUCAAUCAAGUUAAAAAGCAAUCCCAGAGUGAGAAUGAAACCAUUCGAAUAAAGGCCAAGAUGAUUGAAGAUCAAACAGACACUAUCAGAAAACUCAAACAGGCUGUCACAGACCGUGAUAACGAUUUUAAAAAACUCAAGGACGAAAGCGCCAAGACGAUAUCUGAUCUUGAAAAUCAGUUAGCUAAUGAAACUACUAAUAGUCAACAACUUCAGGAAGAAGUUGAUUCGCUUUCAGAAAGAAAGCGAGAAUURAAAAAGGAACUUCAGGAUAAGCAUGAAGAGUUGGACGAAACAAAACAAGGUCUCAGGUCGCUGCGUAGUAAAUGGCAGGAGAAAAGCGCCSUUAUCGGUCAAAUGGAAGCGGAAGUCGUCAAAAUGAGGGAUAGUUUCAAAGAGAAAGAGGCAGCGUUGAUAUCUGAGCGAGACAAAGCUCUGGCAACCAGCAAAGAUGCUGUCGAGAAGAUGAAAACAGCUGACGAUGCUUUCCGGCGUCAACUCGAGUCCGAGAAAAACUCUUACGAGUUACAAAUAAACAAGUUGUCAAAAGACAAGCAAAACGAAGUAGACAUCGCUCAAAAAAGGGUACUUGAUGUGGAAGACGAAAUGCGAAUGCUCCUACAAGAAAACGCCAUAACGAAGAAGACGCUAGAAAUGAGAAUCAAAAAAUUGACGUCGGCUUUUACGGAAAUCCAACAGGAUCUGGCAACAUCGUAACGAGACAGAACGUAAGACAGGAGAACCUAACAGUCGUUACGCAAUCGUUAGUCUGCGUUUUUUUUUUGCAGUCUUUACCCAACCGUUAGUCUUUGCCUAAGUCUUUACGUUCAGCUGUCUUCUCUUUACGAUUUUUUACGCAAUCCUCAGUCUUUACGUAACGCAUUCGGUCUUUACGUGGCUG